AUGUCAGAGACUCAUGCUAGGAGACUCUUCAGAUAUUCAUCCGUGGGGAAAUUCCUUCUGGGAGACUCGUCAUUGUCCUUAGUAUCACCACCUGAAGGUCUUGUUCUUGUAAACCCAUCCCUGGCGAAUCUUCUUUGCAAAGUCCUUGGAGAUUCAGCUUUGAAGACUUGGAGACCCAUCUCGGGUAGCUCAUCCUUGGAGACUGAUCCUUGGAGACCCAUCUCUGCGGUCUCUAUCCCUGGAGGCAACGCUAUGGCCGGGGACCGCGACGCUUUGGGAUUUGACUUCUGCAGGAUAUUGCAAGCGAGGUCAAACUUUGAUGAAUGGCGGGCAUGCUCGACGAGGAUCGUGGGUGGCAUCUGGUGGUUCUUCACUCUCAUCAUCAUCUCCUCGUACACCGCCAACCUCGCUGCCUUCCUCACCGUCGAGAGGAUGAUCACGCCCAUUGAGGGCGCGGAGGAUCUCGCUUCCCAGACGGAGAUCUCCUACGGGUCCCUGGCAGGAGGCACCACCACGACCUUCUUCAGGGACUCCAAGAUCGAGACGUACCAGAAGAUGUGGCGCUUCAUGGAGAACAAGAAGCCGAGCGUGUUCGUGCAGUCGUACGACGAGGGCGUGCGGCGCGUCCUCGGGGGCAACUACGCCUUCCUGAUGGAGUCGUCCAUGCUGGACUACUACGUGCAGCGCAAUUGCAACCUCACCCAGAUCGGCGGGCUGCUGGAUUCCAAGAGUUAUGGCAUUGCUACGCCCAUGGGGUCCCCGUGGCGCGACAAGAUCUCCCUGGCCAUCCUGGAGCUGCAGGAGAAGGGCGUGAUCCAGAUGCUGUACAACCGCUGGUGGAAGAACACGGGCGACACGUGCAACCGCGAGGACAGCAACAAGGAGAGCAAGGCGUCGGCGCUCGGGGUGGAUAACAUAGGUGGCGUGUUCGUGGUGCUGCUGUGCGGCCUCGCCUUCGCCGUGCUCAUAGCCAUCCUGGAGUUCUGCUGGAACGCCAAGAGAAACGCACAGAUAGAUCGGCAAUCGCUCUGCUCGGAGAUGGCGGAGGAGCUGUGCUUCGCCAUGCGCUGCCGCGGGUCCAGGCAGCGGCCGGCGCUGAAGAGGCAGUGCUCGCGCUGCAUUCCCGGCGCCACCUACGUCCCGUCGGCGCUCGAAGUCCCGCACCUCAACGGUAACGGAGAGACUGGGCAGACGGGGACGACUGAGCUACGACCUCGAAAAUCCUCCUUAAAGUCGUCCUUACCCAGCCUAGCUCCUCCUUACGACCUCAAGGUCACGCCGGAUAUCAACUAGCUGAAAAGAAGAUAAGAAAAAAGAAGGAGGAGAGGAAAGGAGGAAGUAGGAAAGGAUGGAGAGUUGAGGAGAAGUCUGCAAGGGUCGAGCGAGGCUGGUCAUUCUCCAGUGAAGAUGGAGGAAUUUCAGAUUUUUAUCUUUCAUUUUUCUUUUCUCUUCUUUUAAUUUGCUUUUGAUCAGUCAAUUUGAUCAGCAUUUCUUGAAGCCAGUGCGAACAAACAGUGGAAUUUAUCAUAACAUUCUCCUUUGACGCAAGAGAGAGAGAGAGAGAGAGAGAGAGAGAGAGAGAGAGAGAGAGAGAGAGAGAGAGAGAGAGAGAGAGA